AUUAAUAAAAGGUAACGAGAUUUUAUUGUAAUAAGUAAUUUGUUUAAGAUGGCGGUGUGGGGUACAUUAUUUUUGUUGGCGGUUGCUGGGACUUCGGUUCUAGCAGAAGAUAGGGGCACCUUCCCUGAAGUUGCGAGAGCUGCCGGCUCUCGCAUUGUGUCAGGAUGGGAGGCAAAGGAAGGCCAAUUCCCCCACCAAUUCUCUCUCCGAAUGAUUAACCCCAUCGGUCAGGUGUUCGCUUGCGGUGGUUCCGUCAUCAGCUCCGGCUGGGGUCUGACUGCUGCUCACUGCACAGCUGGUCGUAUCUCCUUCGUGAUCCGUGCUGGUGUCGUCAACCUGACCCGCCCCGGAAUCAUCUUCGAGACCACUGACUUCUACAACCACCCUCUGUACAACAAUAACUUGCCCGGAGUUGUCCAGCCCAAUGACAUCGGUCUCCUCCGCUUCAACAGGGACCUUGAAUUCUCCGACACCAUCCAGCCAAUCAGGCUGCAGCGCACUGCUGACAGGGACAUCAACUACGCCGGCGUUAUCUCUAUUGCCAGCGGAUGGGGUAACACUUGGACCCAAGGCACAUCCCCCGAGAACUUGAACUGGGUGUACCUGACUCUGACCUCCAACGCCGCUUGCUGGGCCGCCUUCGGCUUCAGCUCCAUCAUCCAGCCCAGCACCAUCUGCGCUGCCAGCUACAACGUUACCAGCCAGUCUACUUGCCAGGGUGACAGCGGUGGGCCCCUCACUAUUGUUGAAGAUGACGGCAUCACCACCCAGGUCGGAGUGACUUCCUUCGUCUCCAGCUCCGGUUGCCACACUGACAUUCCUGCUGGUUUCAUCCGUACCGGCUACUACCACGACUGGUACACAGAUGUGACUGGCAUCGACUUCGAAGGUCUAUACACAACUACAUCCACAACUGAAGCCGUGUCGACUGUAACUAGUCCUGAAGAGACGACACAGCCUGAGGAUACCACCACGGAAGCUGCUCCUGAAGACACAACCUCUGUAGCACCUGAGGACACGACCACUGAAGCUGCUCCCGAGGACACAACUCCUGCCGCCCCUGAGGAUUCUACCACAGAGGCUGCACCAGAAGAUACAACGGUUGUUGAUCCGGAAACUACUACUACUGAGGUUGCCCCAGAAGACACAACUUCUGCUGCCCCUGAGGAUACCACAACUGAGGCUGCGCCAGAAGACACUACUGUUGUCGACCCUGAAGAAACCACAACUGAAGCCGCACCAGAAGACACAACUUCAGCCCCUGAGGAUACCACCACUGAAGCUGCCCCCGAGGAAUCCACCACGGAGGCUGCAACCACCGCGGAACCUGAAGAUUCUUCCGAGUCUUCUGAAUCUUCUGAGUCUUCCUCUUCAUCCGAGGAAUCCGAGGAAGAUUAAGCUAUAAGCUGUUAAAUUAUUAUCUCUUACAUUAAUUAGUCAUUAAUAAUUCCGAUGGUAACCUCUAAUAAAGAAUUUUCGAUUUUA